AGCAACAAAACAUUCUACUUGUCAGAAUGCAACAUUUAAAUGUACAUUUGUAAAAAAACAUCUAACAGUGACAUUCAUUUUAAGGCCUGCUGCUGAUUUCCUUCUUUGCUAGAUCUGGGACUUCACAAGCGUCUUUCUCGGUUCCCUGAUGUUGAACCAGAUUACAGUUUCAAAAAUGAACAAACUCAAGCUGCCCAAUUACCAACAUUUCUUCUCCAUCUUCAUCACCAUGUUGGCCCUGAUGUGGUCCGGAUGGGCCCUGAAGACGGACCAGAAGACGGACAACCUGUUUACGGACCCUCCCCUCUCUCCCGGCCACCCUUUCCUGUUAAUUUGGAACGCCCCGACCGAGCUCUGCGAAAUCCACCACAAAUUGCCACUCGACCUCUCCCACUUCCACAUCAUUAGCAGCACGCUGAAGGAUGCGUUCAACCAGACCAUCAGCCUAUUCUACGUCAACCGCUUCGGCAGAUUCCCUUACUAUGAACAUGGCACCAACAAAGAACAUAACGGCGGCCUGCCGCAGCUGUUAAAGGUAGCGGAUCACCACUAUGAUGCCGAUUACUUCAUCAAAAAAUACAUCCCUUUCAACCAGGAGGGCCUCGCUGUGCUUGACUUUGAGGAGUGGAGGCCACUGUGGAUCCGAAACUGGAGCGGAAAAAGAAUCUACAGAGAUAAAUCCAUCGAACUGGUCAUGAAGAGAAACGCGUCGUUGUCCCCUGCGGAGACGACGGCCCUUGCGAUAGAGGAGUUCGAAGAUGCAGCCAAAAGGUACUUUAUCGAUUCCCUCCGCAUCGGGAAGAAGCUGAGGCCCAAAAGACUCUGGGGCUACUACCUAUUCCCCGAUUGCUACAAUUACGGCUUCAACAAGAACUUUGACAAAUUCACCGGAGAGUGUCCCGUCCUCGAGAAGAAAAGGAACGACAGACUGAUGUGGCUCUGGAGAGAGUGCACGGCACUCUAUCCAUCCCUCUACCUGGAGCUGAAACUCAAUAACACGGAGCAGGCCCUGUGGUUCAUCCGGCAUCGUAUGCAGGAGACCAUAAGGGUGUCGAAGCUCGUCGACGAAUCCUACUCCAUCCCCAUCCACGCCUACAUCCGCCCUGUGUACAAGAAUUCCGUCAACAAAUUCAUGUCAGAGGAGGAUCUGGUGAAAACCAUCGGAGAAGCUGCUGCUCUCGGCGCCGCCAGCGUCAUUUCCUGGGGAGACAUGAGCCUCGCUAGAAAACCGGAGGCGUGCAAAGAUGCUCAAGAUCACCUGAGAGACGUCAUGAACCCGUACAUCCUUAACGUCACCACGGCAACGCAACUCUGCAGCAAGGCACUCUGCCAGGGCCGAGGUCGCUGCAUGAGGAAGAACCUAACAACAGACGUCUACCUCCACCUCAACUCGCGCAACUACCUGAUCGAGAGGCAAAACAUAGGCGGCCCGCUGACUGUGAGUGGCAGCCUAACGCAGGAUGACGUCAACGAGUUCGACCUCAAUUUCAACUGCAUGUGCUACAGCAAGGGGCCGUGUCGAUCGGUUAUGCUUUUAAACAAAACCGCCACCACGAAGAGUGGAGGUGCUCACGGGCCCCAGCCCCUCCUGCUGAUGAUGAGACUGAUCUGUCUGAUGUAUGUCGUGAUGUGGAAGUAAAGUAAUAACACAAAGCUGACACAGGACAUGUGAUUGAAGGCAAAUAAAGGACACUACUACUAUUA